AACUACUCAGAGAUUAAGAUAAUAGAUAUAAUAUAUUUCUGAUUUCUUCUCUCUAUUAACUCUUCACUCUUCUCUUAUUCUUAAUUGUGAUUACAAUGCAGGGAUUAAGCCUUUAUUUAUAGUGGAGAGGCUUAGUUUGAAUACAAAUACAAGUGGGAAGGACUGUACUAAAUUGAUACUCAUCAAUGAGUGUCUUAAUAUACUAUUCUAGAAAUUAGGCCUGAUUAAUUGAAUAAAUGAACAAUCAUUAAUUUCAUAACACAAGCAAAUUUUUAAGUCUCAUAACUACUCCUUAAGCAAAUUUUUAAGUCUCAUACUGCAAAUAAGUCUCAAUUUUUAAAAGGCAGGGAGUCAUAAGUCUCAUAACUACUCCUUAAUAUAAAAAAGAAAAAAAAAGCUGAAAGAACGUUUGUGGGAGCUCUCAAACUUGACUAGAGGAGCAUCCAUCCGAUAAGAGCCGAGGCGACACAUUGGUGUUGAGGAGGAGAGAAGAUGCCGAAGAGGACGACCCACACAUAUUCCAGCGAAGACGCCGCUCCAGAGGCACCCGACUCCGAUCUCUUCGUCUAUUACUGCAAGCACUGCAGUUGCCAUGUCCUCAUCACUGAUAACCAAUUGCAGAAAAUGCCCAAAAGGAAAACUGACGAUGCUUAUGUGCUUGACAAGAAGAAGUAUCUUGCAAGAUUGAGUGUUGAUGAGGCGGGAAAAGUUCUCCUGAAGCGUGGUGAAGGGAAAUUGGAGAAGCAGUUCCGCAUGAAUUGUAAGGGGUGUGGCCUCUUUGUAUGCUAUCGUGCAGAAUCCGAUAUGGAGUCAGCCUCCUUUAUCUAUGUAGUCGAUGGUGCACUUAGUACUAUUGCUGCUGAAACAAAUCCACAUGAUGCCCCAGUGCCACCCUGCAUAUCACAGUUAGAAGGGGGUCUUGUUCAAGUGGCAAUAGAAGUGGAGGACCGUGCACAACGUUCAGCAAUUACAAGAGUAAAUGCUGAUGAUGUUAGGGUCACUGUCACGGCACCUGCCGCUCGUGGGGAAGCUAACAAUGAACUUCUAGAAUUUAUGGGCAGGGUAUUGGGUCUUAAACUAUCCCAAAUGACUCUCCGAAGAGGUUGGAAUAGCAAAUCUAAGCUUCUUGUGGUAGAGGAUUUGACUGCUAGGCAAGUUUAUGGGAAGCUGUUGGAAGCAACACAACCUUGAGGUUGCUUAAUAACAAAAAUGUACCAUGAACAAACCCACCGAGUAUGAAGUCUACUAGGACGCGUACCAAAGAUGUGUGUUUUUCCUUCAAUUAUCUGACAUCAUAUUUCUUUGGAUUUAAUUUCACAUUAAGUUCAGUUUUGGGUUUGGAUCACGGAUUCCUUUAGUCUAAUGUAAGAUAACAUUAUAUAUAUGGUCAAUCGGCUCAAUCGUAGACUGAGGCGGCGUUCCGUUCAAUUUAUUUUUCCUGG